AUUAUCAGGAUUCUAGACUACUCCAUGAGGAGAAAAAAGAAGAAAGAAUGGUUCCUGAAUGCCUCACUUCUGGGUCCCAGGAAUCAGUGACAUUCAAGGACGUAGCUGUGGACUUUACCCAAGAGGAAUGGGGGGAACUGGAUUCAACUCAGAGGGAUCUAUAUCAGGCUGUGAUGUUGGAAAACUACAGGAACCUGGUUUAUCUGGGGCUUCCAGCUUCCAAGCCAGAGGUCAUAUCCCACAUGGAUCAAGAAGAAGAAUCAUGGAUAUUAGAGAAAGAAAUUUCAAAAGUUACCUAUCCAGAUUGGGAGACUGGGCCUGAAAGCAAAGAGUCAGUUUCAGAACAAGACAUUUCAAAUGAAGAACUGUUCCUUGGAAGAUUUAUAAUGGAUGAUCCUAAGAAUUCACAAGGACACAACUGGGAAUGUAAUGUCAUGUUAGAGAAGCAGCAGGGCAAGCAGGAGAGACAAUCCAGACAGACAGUUGACCACACAAAAACUCCUGAUAUGGUAAGAGACCAUGGUAAUAAAUUUAAAGGCAACUUCAGUCUAGGGUCAAUCUUUGCAACCCAAGAAACAGGUUUCAUAAGAAAAAAGUUCCAUAAACAUGACAAACAUCAAAUGAUCCUCAAUGAAUAUUCAGACAUUCUGAAACAAAUCCCUUCAGGAAAGAUACCUCAAAAUUAUGAUUCUGAAGAAGCCUUCUGUCAAGCCUCAAAUUUUAUCGAAUGUAAUAGCAUGGAUACUGAGAAAAAAACAUAUAAAUAUAAUGAAUAUAGGAAGGUCUUUAGCCAGAACACGUAUUUUACUCAACAUCAGAGAAAUCACAAUAGUGAGAAACUCUAUAAAUGUAAUGAAUGUGGCAAAGCCUUCAGCCGAAGUACUUUGCUUAUCCAACAUCAGAGUAUUCAUACUGGAGAGAAACACUAUAAGUGUGAUGAAUGUGGCAAAGCCUUUACUCAGAGAACACACCUGGUUCAGCAUCAGCGAAUCCACACUGGGGAGAAACCUUAUGAAUGUGAUGACUGUGGAAAGACCUUUAGGUACAGAUCAAAUCUUACUCAGCAUCAGAGAAUCCAUACUGGAAAGAAGCCCUACAAAUGUAAUGAAUGUGGAAAAGCUUUCAGGGAGAGCUCAUCUCUUAUUCGACAUCAGAUCGUCCAUACUGGAGAAAAAACAUAUGAGUGUAAUAAAUGUGGGAAAACCUUUAUUCAUAGUUCAUCUCUUAGUCAACACCAGAGGAUCCACACUAGAGAGAAACCCUUUGAGUGUAAUGAAUGUGGAAAAGCAUUCAGUAGUAGCUCAUCCUUUAUUAAACAUAAGAGAAUUCAUACCGGAGAAAAACGCUAUAAAUGUAGUGAAUGUGGGAAAGCUUUUAGCCAGAGCACACAUGCUAUUCAACAUCAAAGAAUCCAUGCUAGAAAGAAACACUUUGAGUAUAACGAAUAUGGAAUAGCUUUCAGUAGCAGCUCAUCCUUCAUUAAAAAUCAGAGAAUUAAUAUUGGAGAGAAACGAUAUAAAUGUAGUGAAUGUGGAAAAGCCUUUAGCCAGCACAAACAUGCUAUUCAGCAUCAAAGAAUCCAUACUGGAGAAAAACCUUUUGAGUGUAAUGAUUGUGGGAAAGCCUUCAGUAAUAGCUCAUCCUUCAUUAAACAUCACAGAAUCCACACUGGAGAGAAACCCUAUGAGUGUAAUUAUUGUGGGAAAGCCUUCAGUAAUAGCUCAUCCUUUAUUAAACAUCAAAGAAUUCAUACUGGAGAGAAACGAUAUAAAUGUAAUGAAUGUGGAAAAGCCUUUACCCAAAGCACACAUGCUAUUCGGCAUCAAAGAAUCCAUACUAGAAACAAACCUUUUGAGUGCAAUGAAUGUGGCAGAGCCUUUAGUCAGAGGAUUCAUCUUGUUCAGCAUCAGCGAAUCCACACUGGGGAGAGACCCUUUGAAUGUAAUGAAUGUGGAAAAACCUUUAGGCACCGCUCAUCCUUUACUCAUCAUCAGAGAAUCCAUACUGGAGAGAAACCUUAUGAAUGUAGUACAUGUAGGAAAGCCUUCAGAUCCAAAUCAUCUCUUAACAAACAUCAGAGAAUUCAUACUGAAAAGAAGUUAUGUGAAUGAAAUGCAUGCGAGAAAGCCUUCAAUAAAAGUUUAUCCUUUAUGAACAUGAAAGAAUCCAUAUCAAAGUGAAAUCCUAUAAAUGCUGUCCAGUAAUGUUGACUAUGUUGUUUACUUAAGAUAUAUUUUAAAAAGGUACUUAAUGAUCCAUGAUUUCAUCGGUGCGGAUAUUCCUUUCACUCCCUCACAACUAUUUUUCAGCAGUAGAUAGUUUGCUUCCAGGUUUUGUCAUGUUUCAAGGUCUGGCAGAGCAAAUUUGCACUUCAUCUAAGAGCUUUUUCCUCCACAAAUUAUUGCUUAUUUUUGUCACUUUGUUUUUUUCACAUAAAUUUCAUUAUUUUGUCUAGUCCUAAAAAAGAAUCUUUUUGUAUAUAGAUGUUGUACUAAAUUUGUUAAUUAAAUUUGUUUGUAAAUAACUGAUUAAAUGGUG